CACAGUUCACAAAUCGACACGACGACACCGAAAGCCUAACCAGACCUCGAAUCCAAGAUAUGGGAAAUUCUUGCUGCUUCUUAUGCUUGUGCGUCGACCAAGCCAGCAUCGCCAUGAUCGAGAAGUGGGGCCGAUUCCAGCGGCUGGCCGAGCCCGGCUUCCACCUCCUCAACCCCUGCGCCGGUCAAUGGGUCGCCGGAAUCCUCUCCACCAGAAUCCAAUCCCUCGACGUCAAAAUCGAGACCAAAACCAAGGAUAAUGUGUUUGUGCACUUGGUGUGCUGCAUUCAGUACCGGGUGGUGAAGGAGAAUGCCGAUGAUGCUUUUUACGAGCUGCAAAACCCGAGAGAGCAGAUUCAGGCCUAUGUGUUUGAUGUGGUUAGAGCUCUGGUGCCGAGAAUGACGUUGGAUGAAGUCUUUGAACAGAAGGGUGAGGUUGCUAAAUCUGUGUUGGAGGAACUCGAGAAGGUUAUGAGGGAAUAUGGAUACAGCAUUGAGCAUAUGUUGAUGGUUGACAUCAUACCAGAUGCCUCUGUCCGCAAGGCAAUGAAUGAGAUCAAUGCAGCUCAAAGGCUUCAGCUUGCUAAUGUAUACAAAGGGGAGGCUGAGAAGGUGCUUCAGGUCAAAAGGGCAGAAGCUGAUGCUGAGGCUAAGUACCUUGGAGGAGUUGGUGUCGCCAGGCAAAGGCAGGCAAUCACAGAUGGCUUGAGGGAGAACAUCUUGAACUUCUCAGGCAAGGUGGAAGGCACAUCAUCAAAGGAGGUGAUGGAUCUUAUCAUGGUCACACAGUACUUCGAUACAAUCAAAGACCUGGGGAACUCGUCAAAGAACACCACAGUCUUCAUACCUCAUGGUCCUGGCCACAUCAGAGAUAUCAGUGAUCAGAUACGCAGUGGGUUCAUGGAAGCGUCCAGUGCCAAACUCAAUGUUGACUAAAUAUGGCCAUGCCCUUUGUGUAAAGUUACCAUCUAAAUACCUUUUCAGCUAGACUCAAAGCCACACAGAUAUGUUAGGGUCUUCAUAUAGGACAUGUUAUGGCAGUCCAUUUGUCUAAAAUCAAGUUUUGACCAAGGAUGCUGAUUAGGAUAUGUUCUCAAUUGCAUUUCUUCUGUGAUGAGCAUGGUGCGUGCUUGCUUACACCAUGUGAAUGAUGCUUUGCAGUCUCAUUAUAUAGAGCUGUAAAUAAAGUUGGUUUUUUUUUUUUA